CGGCAGACACAGCGACGUCGUGCGCGCGGCCUCCGCACGCCGGCGACGCGAAAACCACUCCCAGUGCAUCAAGGUUGGCGCCUCCGGCCGCGGGCAGCCUCAGUUUCCCGGGCAGCGCCGCACCAAGGUUGUGGGCGCUGCGCCAGGCAGUAUGUCGGACAUCAGCCACGUCCUCCGCACGGUAGACGACCUGGCGAAGCGCGUCGCACAUCUGGAAGAGGAGAACAAGCAGCUCAAGCGCCAGCUGCGGCCGUCGACGGCCAAUCCAUCGUACGCCGACAGAGGCGGUAGCGAUGGCGACGGCCGCCAGUUACCUUACCUUGGAGGGCUGCCCGGCGAUCCGGUUGCGUUGGAGGCCAUCGAGUCUGAAUUGAGGUACCUCGCGAAGCGUUUGGACAACAACGCGGCCGAAGACGAAAAGGCGAAACAGCUCCAGGAGACGCGCGACGAGCAGCAGGACGAGCUCAUCAAGAUGGAGUUCCUCAAGCUCAAAAGAGACGUCGAGAAGUGCGCUCAGUCUGCUGAGGUAAGGAAGGUCAAAAAUACGUUGACCGAGAAGCUUGAUGAAUUGCUAGAGGACGCUACAUUAAUAGCGAGGCAGCAGUGCGAAUUGAGUACAGAAAACUUCCAGCAGGACAUCACUGGGCUGACGAAGAUCUCCGAGAAGAGCAUGCAGGCCGUCGACACGCUGGAAGCGAGAUGUGUGGAAUUGGAGUCCAAAUUGGCCGACUAUGAUGUAAGACACUCGGACCUCGCGUCGGCGUCUUCGAAACUGGCCAUGGAGCAGAGGCGCAUCGACGAGAAGGCCCGGAAGGCGUUGCGCGGGUCCUUCGAGCUUCAGAGCUCGUCGUUGGUCGCGUCGAAGGACGUGUUGGCGAGGGUGUCUGUAUUAGAGGCUCGCCUCGACGACGCCUUCCCGCCGCACCGUCGUAGGAGACGACGCACGGGUAUUGAUGGGACGGACAUCUGGACAGGAAGUACAGAUUCUCUGGAAGACCUGGCCAUGGACUACGCUUCUCUCAGAGACGUCGAGCUGCUGAAACGGGCGUUGGUGAGUCGAUUGUCUGAGACCGAGGACAACCAACAAAAAUCAAUAAAAUCGAUGCGGCGCGCGCGGGAAUUGGACCAAGAAGCUUUGGCCGAGAAGCUCAAGAGUAGUGAGAGUUCCAUAAAUGACCUCACGGAGCGAUUGGUCAAGGGCGAAGUCAAAAGGGAGUCCAUAGAAAGGAAGCUGCGCGGGUCGCUCGACGAGCUCGUGAACAUGCGAGAAUUGAGGGAUCGCGUGAAGAAGUGCGAGUACGACUUUGAGACCGUAACGGAUACCACUAUCAAACUUACGGCCUCGAUCGCGGAGAGUUGUGACGACCGAUUGGCAAAGGACGCGUUGCUAGACGACAAGCUGCAGAACCUCGCGACGCUCGUCAACUCGCGGGUGGGCAAGAUGGGCGACGACCUCCUGGCGCAGGGCAUGGCCUUGACGGAUCGUGUGAAUCAGGUCCAGGACACGACUCAUAGGUCGAUCCGCAUCGCGGAGAAUGCUGAAAAGAGAUCAGAAAUUUGUGAAGAAAACGUGCAACAGGUGUCCGCGAAGGCGCUGCGGAGCGUCGCUGAGGCUAGAGAGAGUUGUCUAGAUGCUGUCAAUGCAGCCACAAACGAGGUCCGGAUUUGUGUCGGGAAAGCCGAUAAGCUAGGUGUUUCCAUCGAGGAGCGAUGGUCGGAGCACGAGCGCGACUACGACGACGCCAUGGCUAGGCUACAUCGUUCUCUCGUAGCGCAAGCGGUCGCCGUCAAACAAAUUAAGCACAUGGCCGGGAGUGCGGUGCUGAAGGACAUGGCCGGCGACCGCCUCGAUGCGAUCCUGGAUGAGCACGUGUCAGAGCUAGCCAAACAUUGUGUGGAAGCCGAGAGCGCCGUCAUCUCCGAGCGGGAGAUGUCCCUUCCUGUCAACGAACAAAAAUGGCUCGCAGCUACAAUACAACACUGCUCGGAAGCGCUAGCGACGCGGGCGGACUUGGAGUGUCUGCGCGGAUUGAUUGGUCAUGUCGAACCUCCCGAAACUUCUGAUUUAUGGGACCAACAACUAGAGAAGAAUAGAGCUAGACUAUUACGUUCGUUCUGCGAGCGGCUGGACGAGGCCGCGGCCAAGCUCCAUCCGACGAACGACCACAUGGCCGAAGCGACGCGGCGACGCUUCAAUGAGAGGCUGAAGCUCUGUUUGAGGGUCGGCCUGUCGAAGCACGAUCCAGUCCGGCCGAACAUGACGCUCUUCGGCAAGACGAAGCUCGGCCCGGCCUGCGUGGCCUGCGACCGGCCCUUCGAUACGCCUACCGAUGCUGAUGCUGCGAUCACGCAGAUGAAAGGUGGUUCUAAGAGUGAACCGGUGGAGCGGCGGCCGCCGCGCCUGAAAAAGGGGACGAUCGUGCAACGAGCAGCUGCUCGGGGGCCCGACGAGAUGUUCUUCCCGGACGUGGGGAGCCCCGUAAGGUAGG